AGUGACUUCAAACCAUCAUAAUAACAGCAGACGGCGCUUAAUUUUAGUGUGUUAACUUCUCCGUACUCUCUAUGUAAUUAAAAUGACUUUAUUUAACUAAAUAACUACCGCCACUUCAACCUUAAUGCCGCCGGACCUAUUUCCCCGUGAGCUUUGGUGUCGCUGAGCCGUGUAGACCAUGCAGGUUGGAGCGUCUGUGCGGGUCUCCGCCGCGCUGCCUCUGCUGCUGCUGCUGCUGCCGCUGCGGGUCCUCGCCGCCGCUGCAGCGGCCGCAGCCGCUCCGCAGCCUCACGUCGUCUUCGUCUUGGCGGAUGACUACGGCUGGUACGAUGUCGGUUACCACGGCUCCGAGAUUAAAACCCCCAACCUGGACCGACUGUCAGCCAAAGGAGUCCGCCUGGAGAACUACUACGUGCAGCCGCUCUGCACCCCCUCCAGGAACCAGAUCAUGACCGGCAGGUACCAGAUCCACACGGGUAUGCAGCACCAGAUCAUCUGGCCCUGUCAGCCCUACUGCGUCCCUCUGGAUGAGAAACUGCUGCCUGAGCUCAUGAAGGAAGCGGGGUAUGCCACACACAUGGUGGGCAAGUGGCACCUGGGCAUGUACAAGAAGGACUGCCUUCCCACGCGCAGGGGUUUCGACACGUACUUUGGUUACCUGCUGGGCAGUGAGGACUACUACAGUCACGUCCGCUGUUAUGAAGUGUCUCAUCUGAGAGUGAAUCGCUGCGCACUGGACCUGAGGGACGGGGAGGAGCCCGCCACCGGGUACACAGGAGCCUAUUCCACCGAAGUGUUCAGCCAGAAAGCCAUCAACGUCAUCAGAAAACACAACUCCAGCAAGCCGCUCUUCCUCUAUGUGGCGCUGCAGGCGGUGCAUUCUCCCCUGCAGGUGCCGGAGCGCUACACGGCCCCGUACAGUUUCAUCAGGGACCACCAUCGCAGGGCUUACGCCGGCAUGGUGUCGGCCAUGGACGAGGCGGUGGGCAACAUCAGCCUAGCUUUGCAGCAGGAGGGACUCUGGGACAACACUGUCCUCGUUUUCUCCACAGAUAACGGUGGCCAGACGCUGUCCGGUGGCAGCAACUGGCCUCUCCGGGGGAGGAAGUGGUCGCUCUGGGAAGGCGGUGUGCGGGGAGUCGGGUUUGUCGCCAGCCCGCUGCUGGAAAAACCCGGGACCGUUAACCACGAACUCAUGCACGUCUCCGAUUGGCUGCCUACUCUCGUGAGCCUGGCAGGAGGGAGCACCAACGGCACAAAGCCACUGGACGGGUUCAACAUGUGGAACACGAUCAGCAAAGGGUUAGCCUCACCCAGACUGGAGCUGCUGCACAACAUCGACGCUCUGUAUAACGACAUGGCUCCAUCUGCCAAUCAACACACGGCAGGUCAGAAGGUCACGGUCCACAUUAGUCUGGCCCCGCCCACUCGCAGAGACGGAGCGCUUCCUGCCUGCACGCUGCCGCCGGCGGGAAGUCAAACCCUGGAGGACUCAGGGCGAGGUCCAUGUUUGAAUCAAGGAAAUUAG